UUCUAAACAUUGAAAGAAAUCAUUGAGAGAUUUGGAAACAUCUAAAAAAACUAGACUUAGAAAUUUCAUCAAAUAGUGAUACAAACAAGAACAAUAUUUUAACUCUUUAUAACAAUUCCUCCCUCAUUCCGCGUCAGAUAUUCUUGAGUUUAUUAGAUUCUUUCUUUUUAUAGCAAACCCAAAUCUCAUUACAAUAAAAAAAGGUAAAAGAAGAAGAGUCCAGCUCUCUCCGACAGCUCUGGAACACAACUUAACAAUGGUGGAUUCUUCUUCACUUGGUUCCGACAAGGAGAAGAAGGGAGGAAGUAAGCAGCCCGUGUAUCGUGGAGUACGCAUGAGGAGCUGGGGAAAAUGGGUAUCUGAGAUUCGUGAGCCACGUAAGAAGUCUAGGAUCUGGCUCGGGACUUUCCAGACGGCGGAGAUGGCCAUGCGUGCUCACGACGUGGCGGCUCUUAGCAUCAAAGGCUCUUCCGCCAUUCUAAACUUCCCUGAGCUCUCAGAUUCUCUGCCACGUCCCGUUUCUCUCAGCCCUCGUGACGUCAGAGCUGCGGCGACCAAAGCGGCUCUCAUGGACUUCGGUACGAAGCAGGUACGUCGUCACGUGAGGGCUGAGAGCGAGAGUAACGAAACGGCGACGUAUGAUAAAGGGUCAGAGAGCGAGAGUAACGCGUCGAGUAAAAGGUCGGAGAGUGAGAGUAAUGAAACGGCGUCGUCGUGUGUGACGAGCAUUGACGAGGAAAGUAGAGUCUCGGACGAUUUGGAGAGAAUAGUCGAGCUGCCGAGUCUAGGAACGAGUCUAGACGAGUCGAACGAGUUCGCGUUUUAUGACACGUUGGAGGAUUUGGUGUUCAUGCCGUCAUGGUUACGCGGUGGUCCGGGAGAUGAUUUUACGUAUAAUAAUAAUGAUUCUCCGUUGAACUCUGUUUUCGAUGAAAGCUUUUCUUGGUAACAAUUUUCCCUGUAAAAUAAAAAAAAUGGUGUAUUUUUCUCUCUUUUUGUUUUGUUGGUUUAGUUUCCAUGGGAAUCUCUAUGUUCUUUUUUCACAUUGCGUGAUGAGAUAUCUCUAAGAUGGUCAGGUAGUGCUGUGGCAUUGAUAAAUGAUAAUGUUGUUAGUUAUGCUCCUUGUUCAGUCGGUGAAAUGAAAGAUGAUGAAAUGCAAGUGUUUAUAUUA